UUCAAAUCUUUAGUAGGUAACGGAAAAACAAUAACAUUGACAUUAGAAUUACGUGCUAAGUAUCUAUUUUAUUUUAUUCAAAUCUAAUACGUAAUUUAAAAUGUCAGCGUUCAAAGCUUUACGCGAUAUUAGUGUUAAUUUUGAAAAUGAACUCCGUAAACUAUCAACGGAAUUGUUCUCGGCUAAAAUCGACGAAUCGUUUGAAGAUGUCGUUGCUAAGAAAAUGCGCGAUAUCACAUUAUUUAACUCGAAAUUAAAAUUAUUGCAAGCAAAAGCUAUAGCGGUAACACCACAAGUAACGGAAGUGAACAAAGAUGAACAGAGAACAAUCAGCGACUAUGCAGACACAGCUACGUGGAAAGUAAUUGAACGGCAAGUCGUCAAGACGCUCACUCAAAAUCACGCCGCGAAGAACCUGAUAACUUCAACGAGUCGGAACUUAGACCCUGAGUUGCUUGAAAGAAAGGAGAAAAUAAUUGAUCAACUCCAGAAAUACAGACAAGCAGAAUCUGAACUGCGACAUUUAGAAACAGUUUUACAAGAGAAAGAAGAUCAGUUGUGGCAAACUAGAGAAGCAUGGGACGAAACUCUCAGCCAGUUGAAGGGCAGACAGAAAAUUCCUCACAAUGAGGAGCAUGUGUCCGGACCUUUGUAUAAGAAACUGCAGGCGCUAGUGAGCAAGACCCAGUUGAUACGCUGGAUGCUGGCCCAGUUGGCAACGUCGCGCGCGCGCGGCGGCGACCGCAGGCUAAGCGCGCUCGCACGGGCGCGGCGGGCGGACUAGACAAUAAACUGUUUGAAC